AUGCGGGUCCCGCUCCGCUCCGCGCCCGCGCUGGCGCUCUGCGCCCUCGCCCUGCUCCGCCUGGGCUGCGCAUCCCCCCGGGCAUCCACCUGGGCACCGACUGGAGCAUCCCCCCGGGCAUCCACCUGGGCACCGACUGGAGCAUCCCCCCGGGCACCCACCUGGGCACCGACCGGAGCAUCCCCCCGAGCACCCACCCGGGCGCCCACCCUGUCCCCGGCCCGCGCCCCGCCGCGCUGCCCCCCGCUGAUGCUGCAGCUGCUCCGCGCCCCUCCCGCCCCGCUCCGCGCCGCCGCCGCCGCCGCCCUCAGCCUCUCCCCGCACGGCUCCCUGCAGAACGGCUCCCGCUGGGCGCUCUCCUUCGACAUGUCCUCCCUGUCCAGCAGCCAGGAGGUGAGUCUGGCCCAGCUCCGCAUCCGCCUGCCCGGGCUCUCCCACUCCCACGUCUCCCUGGACAUCUACCACAGCCAGCGGCGCAGGUGCCGGGGACACGGGACCUGCGCCCACCAGCUCUUCCUGGGCACCGUGGCCGGCAGCCCCUCUGCCACCCAGGCCUCCUGGGAAGUCUUCGAGGUCACCAACCUGCUCCGGUCCUGGCUGCACCAAGCCGUGGUCCCCGGGCACCACAAUCCCACGGGAAAGGAGCGCUGGGAGAUGAACAGCUCAGAUGUCCCGGCCACCAGUGCGGUGCACUCGCCCAUCCUGAGCGACGCUGGCCACGGGGAGCCAGCCCUGCCCCAGGACGUGGCAGACAGAGUCCUGCUGCUCAUCUUCUCCACGGACAAGUCUCCAGGAGACCACAGCCUCAUCAGGACAGCGGAGACCUCCAAGUACAUCAUGCGUGACAGCGGCUCCCAGGGCGAGGGGACGCGCCGGCACCGCAGGAACAGGAUGGAGAAGCAAAGGAUCAAAGCGAGCGACGCUGCUCCGGCCACGCCGCGGGAGGAGGGCAGGGCCCUGUGCAGGCGGGUGGACAUGAUGGUGGAUUUCGAGCAGACGGGCUGGGGCAGCUGGAUUGUCUACCCCAAAAAGUACAACGCCUACCGAUGCGAAGGGCUGUGCCCCUCGCCCGUGGACGAGACCUUCAAGCCCACCAACCACGCGUACAUACAGAGUUUGCUGCAGCUCUACAAGCCCAACCAGGUGCCGUGUCCCGCCUGCUCCCCGGUCAGGAUGAGUCCCCUCUCCAUGCUCUACUACGAGAAGGGCGAGAUCGUCGUCCGCCACCACGAGGACAUGAUCAUCGAGGAGUGUGGCUGCAACUGAGGCCACCUCGUCCCCCGCUGGGAAGGGGCACAUCUCUGCCCAAAAGUGCCCCCAAGGACCGACCACCCGACCUAUGGCCAUCACACAGACCGGGGCAUCUCGAGCCCAUGUGACUGUGGGUCGGCAAAGCCCUGGCUGGGCCAGGGGAGGAGUGGGGAGUGGGGUGCCAGGGUGUUAGCAGUGCUUCAUGGCCACGGUGCAUGGCUGGAUCCAGGCUCCACGCAGGAAAGGCCACCAGCCACCUCCCUGUGGCACCUUGGUGCCCCACACUGUGUUUUUCCAGGAGCUGUGGUGCUGCUGGAAGAUGUGCCUGGGGCAGCCAAGGGCAGAGGCAGGAGCUGAGGUGCAGGACUGGAGCAUGGCAGCAUCACUCCCUGCCACGGCACACUCUGCUCCCUCCGUGAGGCCAUGGAUCUGCUCAAGCCUUUUCCCCCCUCGCUGGAUGGGGUGGUAGAGAAAGGGUCACAGUGGUAAAACUCAUCAAUAAAUUAUAUAUAUAU